CAGUGAGGAAGGAGGGGGAAAAGUGUUGGAGGGAGGGGAAGCUCUGUAAUAGCAGUCUUGACCUCUAAUUGACAGCUCAGAACUGAUGACGCUUCAACCGCUUCCGACUCGUCUACCAAUAGCGAAAGAGUCAUUUUCAGAUACCUUCUUUUCAAAACCAAUCCAAUAAUUAUACAGCAGGACCGACACAUUUCUUAGAAUAUACUUUGCUCUGUUCUCUCUAAAUUCCACCUUUCUAUUCUUUCUCUGUCGCCUCAUCAAAUCUCAGAUUCGUACUUUCUUAUCGUACUCCUUAUCGUGUAAUGGCCAUGGAGCUUUUCUUUGAAUUCCUUUUGACAGUUGCUCUUUCUAUUUUUUGCUCUUUUCUUCUCGCUAAGCUCCUCUCUACAGCAACAGCCAAUGAUAAUGACCAUUAUUUUGAAAAAACAACUACCCAUUACCUUAAGUUCGAACCGGAGUCUAAAAGUUAUCACUUUGAGACGGAAAGGAAAUUUGGGUUUGUUUCAAAAAUUGUAGGAGUUGAUAAAUUAGGCGAAUCGAUGGAGAAUAAGUUUACCCAACAAGAAUUAUACUCUAAUGAAGGUAUCAAAUCGUUUUUUCAUGUAACUGAAGAUAUAAAAACUGAUGUUGAUUUAACAGAGGAAGGUAGUAGAGAAGAAAAUGGUUUGCCUAAAUUCGAAGAGAAUUCGAUUACUAAGAGCGAAACUGAAACUGAGAUGGGUUUGAUAAAAGAACAAAUAGAUUUUGGUAAAAGUGAGAUUAACCUUGAAAUUGAGGAGGAGGAUGAUUGGGAAGGGAUAGAAAGAAGUGAGUUAGAGAAGCUAUUUGGUGCUGCUGUGGCAUUUGUUGGUUCUAUCAAUAAUGCUGAUAAAAUAUUAUUGAAUAUUAACAGUGAUUUGAAGCUGAAAUUGCAUGGACUUCACCAGGUUGCCAUUGAAGGGCCUUGCCAUGUGCCUCAACCCAGGCCAUUCAAGUUCUCUGCUCGCUCAAAGUGGAAUGCAUGGCAAAAACUUGGGAACAUGAGUCCAGAGGUGGCAAUGGAGCAGUAUAUCAACCUUGUUUCAAGAAGUAUUCCUGGAUGGAUGAAAGAUAAUUUUGAGGAUCAAGUGAGAAAGUUGCAUGCCUAACCAUCCAGGAACCUUGCAGCUUCCAACUGCCAAUGGGGAGGGAGAAGGUAUCUUUGAGGAUUGGAACUGCGAGCCAGUUAAAGGGAGGAUAUAGAAUAAUGUAACUGAGUAAAAAAAAAAAAAAAAAUGCAUAGCAGUUUUAGGUUCUGUGCAAUUCCUCAAUUCUAUGAUUCCUCAUUGUUUGGGAAAGAAAAUAUUUGGAUAUAUGCUAAUUCUUUUCAGAA